CAAAAUUCAUAGUAAAAAUGGAAAUUGAAGUUCAAAGAGAGGUUAAUUCUCAAAUUAAGCAUGUUAUGGAACUUGUUGAAAAAGACAGAGAGAUACAAGCAUUUAAGGAUGAACUGGUUAAAAGGAGUAUUCGAUCUUGGAAUUUACAACUGAUUCAAAAAGAUAAAGAAUUGUUCAGGCAGCAAGAAUAUAUAUUGGAAUUAGAAUCAGAGAUUGAAAAGCAGAAUUCUCGUUCAAAAAAGCUGGAAAAAGAGAUCCUUAAAUUGAGACAGACGAUAAUUCAACAAAAUGAGAUCAAUCUGAAAAAGACUGAGAAAAUUAAGAGAAUGAAGAAGUAUGGAAAGUCAAAGAAUCAAAAAGACAUGGAAUAGCUGACUGUUCAUUCACAGAACACCCUAAAUUGUCAUAGUGAAUUCUGUAAAUUGUGAAAAGGAAAGUAAAUUUAAUUUGGA